AUGCAUCGUCUUUUUACUGAGCUGGAGCCAUCUUUAACCGUCACAGAGCAAAACCUGGCAGACCGAGUUCGGUAUAUCUUGCGCUCAAAUAUAUUUGAUGUCACUGAACUCGAACGGCUACGACGUGAGGCUGUUCCCUCAUCGGAUGAAAAUGCUACGGCUGAGGAUGCAGUGCUACAAAUGAUAGAGCAACCCGCAAACGUGGAUGCCGCCGUGAAUACCCCAGUUGUGGUUGAUUCAAACGAUGAUGGAACAGUCGCCCAGGAACUGGAAUUAGAGCAUAUGAGAAGUACAUUGUGGAAACGCGCAGUACGCCUCUCGAAAAUCGACCGCGACUUCCCCGCAUAG